AUGUUUCGAAACACUUACCAGGGGGGCUUCCUGUCUAUUUUGUAUAGUUGCGGGUCGACUCCUUUGGAACUGUGGGACAUGCACGUGAAAAACGGAUAUAUACGAAGAAUCACAGACGAAGAGAUUAAGUCGUUGGCAUUGGAAAUAGCUGGGACCAAUGUGGCUACAACGUAUAUUUACUGUCCGGCAGAUCCGAAGAAAGUGCUCGGCAUUAAGCUGCCCUUCCUUAUCAUCAUUAUCAAGAACAUGAAGAAGUAUUUCACGUUCGAGAUAACAAUACUGGACGAUAAGAACAUGCACAGAAGAUUUCGCGUGAGCAACUUUCAGAGCACGACGCGCGUUCGUCCAUUUUGCACGUCCAUGCCCAUCGGGCUUUCAGGCGGAUGGAAUCAAAUUCAAUUCAACUUGUGUGAUUUUACGCGACGAGCCUAUGGCACAAAUUACAUUGAAACCACUAGAAUGCAGAUACACGCCAAUUGCAGGAUCAGACGAAUUUAUUUCGCCGAUAGGCUUUAUUCAGAAGACGAGAUGCCUGAAGAUUUCAAACUCUUCUUUCCGGUGCACCGAAAGAAGUGUGUUAGAGAGGGAGAUGUGCUAAAAAAGCCCAGUCUGGUACCUGAGAAAGUACCGUCUAUCGUGAAAGAAGAACCGAUCAUUGAACCGGAAGUGUUAGUGGAGGAGACAAUUGAGCCGCCGACGAUUACGAAGGAACCUGAUUUAGUCGAGGAAACAAUGCCAGAUGUGCCUUUGGAAAAAGUGGAAAAGAUAAUCGUGGAGGAAGUUGAAGAAAAAGAAGAAGAGGAGGAGGAGGAAGAGUUGGAGGACGAAGAGGAGCAAGAGGACGAGGAGGAGAAAGAAAAGGAAGAGUUGGAGGAGGAGGAAGAGGAGGAGGAAGCUGAAGUUGAAGAGACUGUGGUUUUCGAUGAAGAAAAAGAAGUCGAGCCUGCGGAUGUCACUCGCAAAGAGGAGGACGAAGAAGAAGUUACAGAUACGUCGAAACUGGAAGAAGAUUACACGGAAGACGAAGCUAAUGAAAUAAAAUGA